AUGAGUUUCGUAUUGAAAUGGAUGUCUAGAAGAUUAUUAAGAGAUAAUCAAUGGAAUCGACUUGGGGUUGAAGAUCCUUAUUAUGAGUUCCGUACUCUUCCUAAUGGCAAUACCCAAAAGGUGAAACGAGGCACUCCGGAAGGAAUACUGGACAAUGAUACCAAGGUACUUAAUACAUUCCGGAGUCGUGCUUAUCGUUAUGAUAUGUGGUUUGUACUUUUUGGAAUAAAGUUUGGGUGGACUAACAUUGUAGGAUUAGUUCCAAUAGUGGGGCCCAUAGUCUCAACGUUUUGGUCGCUUCAAUUAUUAUGGCUAUGUAAUACUGGUUUAGAUGAUCGUUUCCCGCUUGAUUUACUGCUUAUUUUUGUGUUCAACAUUGCCAUUGACUUCGCUUUUGGUUUGAUUCCUAUAGUCGGGGAUUUAGUGGAGGUUGGUUACAAAUGCAACUCCCGUAACUUCUUGCUUUUAGAGAAGCAUUUGACCCGUGUGGGUCAAAAGAAUAUGGGGAUUAUUCCCGAGGAUGAAGUGCGUCCUGGUUUCAUUAAUGAUAAAGUCCAACCAUUUGUGGAAAAGAAAGUGGCUCCUCAGGCAGUCAAGGCUGGCGAAUUGACUGCCGAGUUUGUGAAAAGUAGAGUAGAUGCAUUCAAAAAGCGGAAUACUGAUAAAGAGGAUACUGUUGUUUCAGAAUCUUCUGUGAAAUCAAUUGGUUCCACUGAUUAUUCAAAUAUUUGA